AUGGUAAACUCACAAACCUGGUUAGACCAAAAUUAUCCCACAAAUGGCACUUGCAUAAGAGUUGAGGAUAAAGAAAAUUAUGGCAAAACCAGAGACCAAAUCGUUAAUUUAGAUAUUAGUAAUCAAAAUUUAGAAGGUGCUUUAAGAUUGGGCAGUUCAUUUCCCAACCUAAAAAAAAUGAACGCUUCAUUUAAUAAUCUAACUAGCCUCGGUUGGGACACGCUUCCAGUCCUAGAAGAAAUUGAUGAAUCUCACAAUUUGUUAUCUGGCAAUGGUCUUAGUUUGCCAAAUUCUCCUACUAUCAAAAAAUUAAACUUUUCUUACAACAAAAUCUCUGGUUUUUAUUUAGACACUCCCAAUUUAGCAUAUUUGGAUUUGACUAGUAAUUUAUUUAUUACUCUGGAUCUUCAUAUCACACCAAAUUUAGUGGAGUUAAAAUGUUCAAAUAACCCUAUUUCUAACCUGACUCUAACCCAAUCUUCUAAACUUGUUCUUUUUGAUUGUUUGGGCGUUAAAUUCGACAAAAAUAAUGUUGCAUCAACUCCCACUUCUUCCCCCUUUUCACCUUCAACCUCUCUUUUCCCAACC